AUAACUUGGCCCGGCCCUAACCCGGCCCGUUGAAAAACUACUUGACUCGAUGAAAUGUAGCCUGAGAUUUUCUCUCCACGGCGUCUGCACUUAAAAGAGGUUGAAAUGGAUCAACCAACUGAUUUUCCAGUCUGUCACAAAAAUCUCUCCGUGGAUAUUAAGGGAAAUAAAACAGACGUAUUGCUCUGCAGCUACGAAGAUCACUUUCUAGUUAUGGCGACCCAGAUAGGAAGUAUGGGAACAAUACUAAAUCCAAGGAAGGAAGAAGGCAUGUCAGUCAAUCCAACUUUCAAUGUGUCAGUUAUAUUUGGUAAACGAGAUGAGCCGAUGCUGGUAGCAUGCGCACGCCAACUGAUCGAGCACAUAAGUAGCUGUGGUUCAUCUAGGCCGUUGGUGCUCUCUCUCGGUCUCAAGGACCACUCUCUGGAGACGCUGAAAGACAUUGUUUCUGUUGUCAUCGAGAAUCGCCUUUGGUAAGAUCUACAUCGCCGUCAUUUCGAUAAUUUUAGGAACUGAUUUUGUAGUUAGCCCGACUGUAAAAUUUUCAU